AUGCAAAAGAUAUUACGAGCAGAUGAAAUCACAAAAAUACAAGUCCUUGGAAAAGGCAAGAGGAAGAGGAUAGAAAUGAUAUUCUCAGAAAGUGAGGACAGUGACCUGGAUAAAGAAAAGAGAGAACCAUAUUCAGGAAGCAACUUUCUAUAUGGUGAAAAUAGCAGUGAUGAUGAAGAGCCUUUAUUUCAACUCUCCAAGGUAGAACUAUGUGCCAAAAUUAAAAGUCUCAAGAGGAAGCUGACAGAUACCAUGAGAGAAAACUGCCGCCUAAGGCAGUCCCUGGUGAUGCUUCAAGUGUUGCCACAGGCAGUCAGUCAUUUUGAGGAAUUGGUAGGGAUGGCUGAAGCACUGCUGAAAGGGGGAGUGACAACAUCUACUUCCAGUCUGCAUCCACAUGCUGUUUGGAAGGCAUCUCACAAUCCAUUAGCAGCAGAUUCCUAUGCAGCUAUGCAUAGUAACUCCAGCUCACCAAUAACCUUGAAUGUGGAAGAUGAGGAGCAACAGACUGAAAAACAGUUCAAGAUUGAAAAGUGGCAGAUUGCACUUUGUAACAAGAGCAAACCUCAAAAAUUUAUAAAUGACUUGAUGCAAGCACUUUAUACACAUGAAUACAUGGCUACACACAGCCUGACAGGUGCAAAGUCCUCCUCUUCAAAGGAUAAAGCGGCAAAACCAGCUAUGAAUCAGAAUGAAGUUCAGGAAAUCAUAGGAAUUACAAAACAGUUGUUUCCAAACACAGAUGAUGCUUUAAUUAGGCGAAUGAUGGGACAAAAACUGAACAACUGCACCAAGAAGCCAAUUUUAAGCAAAGAUCUUAACUCAGGUGCUUUUCAGAAACAUAGUUUUUGUGGUUCAACAGCUGCUCCUCAGGGCAUCAUCUCUUCGGCUGUUUCUCCCUGUACACAAGACCAGCAGGAUGAUGAUUCACCAGCUGCUAAUGCACAACUUCAGCAAAGUGACAGCUGCCUGACUCCUCCAGCUCCCACCCCAGAAGGUCAGCAGGAGUGUCCCAAACCCUCUUCUUCUAAGGCGGAGUCUCAACUCGCCAGCAGCUCACCAGCGCCCUCUCCCAACCAGCAUUGUGGACAGGAUCUCAGGAAUUCAGAAAAGGAAUAA